CGGCCACCGCUAGACGACUCUUCUCUUGUUCUUGAAUCUCAAGCCCGGAUCUCGAGUCCCACCUCCAGCAGGUUAGGAGGCGGGACCUGUCCCGGCAGAGGAGAGGCAGCAUUGCACAGCACAGCAAUUCCUCUCACAGCUGAGCUCCCUUCGCUGUGCUCACUGAUCGAGUAGUGAUCUCUUUGCUUUGCCAAACGGCCUCAAGGACACAAAGAAACGGCCGGACAUUUGAUCGAGACAAAGCAUGAGAGCGGCGGAGGCAUCAGAGAGACACGACGAAAUUUACCCGGACUACCGUUUCAUCUGCGCGCAUAUAUUGCGGAGCUCUCCAACCGUGCUCCGCCGAUGUGUUCACCGGUUGUAACCUACCAAAGAGCGCCGACAUCUGAGUGGUGGGAGGACUUUAUCUCACAGCACAUUGACGGUGCCGGCUCUCUUUCCAGGAAAGGAAAGGAAAGGAAAGGCGAGUUUUGAGUCAGCAGCGAAGAAACAUAUUAUUCCUUGCUUUAUACGCCAAGAUGACUUCACCUUGUGAAAAGGCUACGAUAUUCUAGGCAUUACCUUUGAUGACUGCCCCUAUCAACUCUUUUUCCCCCCCAGGACCGCCAAGGUUUAGGUGUGGAACAUGGAUAAAACUUUGCACAUUCUACAGAAAUCCACAGACGGUGUACGGACUGGGAUCGCCUUGAAUGUGAGCUUAAAUGUGGAUGAAGGGGAGGACUUCAGAGAGCACUCAAUCGUGGGACUCUCGGACAAAAUACCUUUGGUGAAACCUUAUUUCAAAAAGAAGCAGAGGAAACUAGAUGCCAAAUGCCUUCACCGCGCCUUGGAGGAGCCCAUCCUGACCUCUCUGCUCAGCGGCGACAUAUCGGGGGACGGCGUGUUUGUGCCGCGUAGUCAGGCUGGACGCACGCCGGGGAACCUUUGUGCGGCGGUCGCGGCCAAACAGAACUGCAUCCGACCAGUGUGUGGCCUCAAAGACUCGCCGUCCGCCGACGGCGCCGCAGCAGGGACCGGAGAUGUGGAGAUGGCCGAUACGACUGUGGAGCUGGAGGAAAUGGAGCGCAGAGGGGAGCGACCUAAGGCAGGCCUCAAGGCUGCAGGGAGCACAGGGACAAUAACGUCAGCCAGCAGGGACGUGCCUCCCAUAGUUGCCCCUCAGGCUUCUCGUCAAGAGGGAGCCAUCAAAAGUAAUGACUGCUCAACUCACCCAAAUCCCCUCCCUGUGAAAGACUACGGUGCCCUCCAGGACAGCCACCCCCUACUCGUGCAAGCCCAGCUGCCUGACAAUCGAGUGCUUUUUCAGGACAAAAGUGAAGAGGCCUCUCUGGACUUGGUAUUUGAGCUGCUCACCCAGCUUCAGUAUCACACACACCAGUCAGACUCUGUGGACAUUUGUGUGGAUUUCCUCCAAGGACAAUGUGUGUACGGCAGUGAUUGCGCUCACCACCACACGGUCCUGCCAUACCACUGGCAGAUCCGCAGGAGCGACACUCAGACGUGGCAAAGCAUCGCAGAUGAAUCCCAGGAACAGCUGGAGAGACUCUACUGCAACCCAGACAAUGACCAAGUCAGACUCAAGUACCAGGGAUCGGUGUUUUCCCUGGACUUUGGAGCCAUGCGGGUGUGUGACCUGAAGUUUGAUCGUGUCCGCCGGCUGUCCACUCCCCCCAAUCCUCUCGCCAUGCCCGUGACGAACCCAAACCCCACCUCUAGCUGUCACACGGUGUGGAAGUACUACUGCAGAGACAACUUUGGCUGGAGGGAAUACUCCGAGCCUGUGGUGAAGCUAAUAGAAAAGGCAACUCUGAGGGGUCUCAAGGAGGUGCGAUUCAUUACGCUCCAGAACCAGUACAUCCUAAACAUCAGGGAGGGCUUCCAGCAGAAUGCCAUGUUUGGCUUCAGGCGUCAGAUCAAGAAGCGGCCCAUGUUCAUGUCCUCGGUGAUGCUUGCCCCUCAUCUAGAGACUUUGGGUGGCAUCGCUUCGUCUCCACUGUCUAGUUCUUCCUCCUCCCUGUCGUCCGCAUCAUCAAUGGAUGUCACGGUGUCGCAUCCGCUCUCCCCGACCAGCACCAACCCGCCGAGCCUUUUCCCAGAGACCUGGUUGCCCAUGGCAGUGAGCCAAGACUUUCUGCAGGUGCCCGUGUCCCGCGACGAUCGCAGCUACAGGACCGUGUACAGCUUGUUCCACAAAACGGUGGCGGAGACCAAGUUCAGGAUCAUUAAGAUACUCCGGGUACAAAACCCUUUCCUCUGGGAGAAGUACAAAAGGAAGAAGGAGUACAUGUCCAGGCGGAUGUCCGAAAUGGACCGGCUGCUGAGCGAGCGUCAUCUCUUCCACGGCACCUCGGCAGACGUUGUGGAGGGCAUCUGCAAGCACAACUUUGACCCGAGGGUCUGUGGCAAACACGCCACCAUGUUCGGCCAGGGCUCCUACUUUGCCCGGAAGGCCGUUUACUCGCACAACUUCUCCAAGCGCUCGCCCAAAGGAGUCCACUGCAUGUUCCUGGCCAAAGUGCUCACUGGCAGGUUUACUGUAGGAAAUCCUUCAAUGCGACGACCGCCGCCCAUCAACCCCCGCGACGCCUCUAGUGACCUGUAUGACUCCUGUGUGGACAACUGGGUGGACCCUCAGAUCUACGUCAUCUUCAACGACGACCAGAGCUACCCAUACUUUAUCAUUCAUUACGAGGAGGUACCCAGCAUGGUAGCCCUCUGAGCACACUUUUUUUUUAGGCUGCUCUGGUGGUUAGCCUCACCUAACUCCACCAAGCAGCUUAAACCGCAUCCGAAGAGACGCUCGCAAACAAAGCUGUCAACUGGAUUCAACCUGACUGGGCUUUUCCGUCGAGAACCACAGACAAGUCCAGACCGGACUCAACUGGACACAAGUGGACUGUCGAGGGACAAAAAUCAAUGUCACUCCCUCAGUACGUUCACAUGCGCUAGAGAACACGCCAACAACUGUGUUACUUAAUACCCGUAAACAUUGAAUUGGAUUUAAUUUUGGAUUGAAAACUGCUUGUGACGGGUAGAAGUGUGCAGUCCAGUACAUGGAGAGUAGGACCUACUACUUGAUGAAUGUGUGCAUGUAAACGUACUGAGAAUUCAGCGGGGGGGAUGACAGCUUGCAACAGUCGUGCUUGGCUGGAGUCGUAAACCGUGUUAACUAGAACAUUCAAGUAAAAUCUAAUGAUAUCGCCCUUACCUUUUAGUAAGUAGUAGACGGUUGGCAUCGUUGAGUUUUGUAUUUCAAGGACGCAGCAACCAACCAACAGAGGCUAACUCGGACCACCCCAUUCAUUAAAAACAACACCAAAAAAAAAAAAAAA